GCGCUUAACUUCAAGCAAAACUAUUUGUGUUUGUGUUACUUUUAAAUUUCCAAACAAAUCUUUAUUUCUCUUUAUUAAUAUUUUGAUUUUCUCAAAUAAUACACGUUAAAAUGAUUUACGUUCGGUGGCGUCUGAAAAAAUUCAAACUAAUCUGAAGACAUCAUAACAUGCAACAAUAUUUAUCCUGUAAAUAUUAUUGACACAACAAUAACUUUGAUGACUUGUUUGUUCUCCCCCAUUAUGGAAGAAGCAAACGAAAUUAGUGGAUUAGAAGGCUCGAGUGUAUAUGAAGAACCAAGUCGUAGUUGUCGAAAUAAAAAGAAGCUCAAGGAACCAUCGUGCUGCCCGGUCUGUAGUGUAACAUUACGAACCGCCGAAUUUGAUACACACGUUGUGUCCGAAAUUGAUAAGUUGGGCAAAAUUUCGUCUAGUAAACACAAACCAAAUGGAAAAAAUACUCCCUCUGCGUCGUCCAUGAACGGUUCAACGAAAAAUAGUAAUAAACAUUGGGAAACAUAUCAAAAGGUGAAAUCCAAUAGGCAAAGUAGACAAAGAGUGAAAUCUCGAAAACGACGGCUGGAAGAGAUCAUCUGUCCUGUCUGCAACUUAGAAACGAACGAAGAUAUUAAUUUACAUGUGGAGAUGUGUUUGCGCAGAUCUGAAAAUAAUACAGUAGACAGCGACGAAAAUAUAGACGUUGAGGGGGGUUUUGAUGAAUACGAGUGGGCCGGUCAGUCUCGUGUGCGAGCAACUUCUCUUUUUCAAGGAGGAGUAUCUAGUUUGGGUGUUCCUAUAGCUUCUACAGAUGAGGAUGAGGAUUUGGUAGUAGACGGUGAUGAUGCUCAAGUUUAUGGUGCCGCACAGUAUUCGGAACGAGACGUUAUUAUACCAGGAGAUGAUAAGGAACAGGAAGCUCUGCGAAAGGCAAUUCUCGGAUCUGAAAGCGUUAAGCCGUGUAAGGAAGCAUCACCUAAAGCCGAAACUGUUAGUGUUGGAGGGGAUCCAAUAAUUGAGGCAUUAAAAAAUCAGAUUCGAGAGUUACAGCAUCGUGAGCAAAUGUGGGACGAUACCUAUAAGUGCUUAAUAUGUAUGGAACGAUAUAAAACGCCAGUAAUUUCGGUAUGUUGUUGGCAUGUUCAUUGCGAACAAUGUUGGCUUCAAACACUGGGUGCUAAAAAGUUAUGCCCUCAGUGUAAUAUGAUUACUUCUCCUGCCGAUUUACGUCGUAUUUAUAUGUAGAAGUCUGAUUCUUGUGACGCUACUACUGUGAUAUUAAAAAUGGAAUCUUCCUUUGAUUAAAAGUUAAUGUAACUAUUAGAAUAUUUAUGUUUUCGUCAGUAUUUUGUUAUAUUAAGUAGCUUCACUACAUGUACUGUUUUUGUCGUUACAUUACCGCUAUCAAUUGUCCCAGUGUGAAAGUUUUGCACUAAGCCGUUGUUUAUAAAUUAAUGCAUAUAGCAAAUACUUGCUUUAUGUAUCUAUCAUUGUGUACAAUAAAUGUAUAUCCUUGUAUAAAGAUAACUUAUUAAAUUAAUAUUUUGUA